AUGAAUGUGUUCCGACUAGUGGGCGACAUGUCGCACCUGGCAAGUUUCCUCGUACUGCUACUAAAGCUUUUGGCCUCUCGCUCUGCUAAUGGUAUCUCACUCAAGUCACAGGAGCUCUUUGUUCUAGUGUUUAUAACGCGUUACAUGGAUCUGUUCUUCCACUUUGUUAGUCUGUAUAACACUCUCAUGAAGAUACUAUUUCUGGCCUUCUCGAGUGCUCUCGUCUACGUCAUCCGCUUCAAGGAUCCAUUUCGCAGCACGUACGACAAGUCGCACGACGCCUUCCUGCACUUCAGAUUUGCAGUCUUACCUUGCGCACUACUGGCGCUGGUCUUUAAUGAGCAGUUUGAGGUCAUGGAGAUUCUAUGGACAUUCUCUAUCUAUCUCGAGGCCGUAGCCAUCAUCCCGCAGCUCAUCUUGCUGCAGCGCCACGGAGAAGUGGAGAACCUUACCGGCAACUAUGUUGUGCUGCUGGGAAUCUACCGAGGAUGCUAUGUGAUUAAUUGGAUCUAUCGCGCUGCGACCGAGUCGUCCUACCAUUUUAUUUGGCUCAUGUUUAUUGCCGGUAUGGUGCAGACAGCACUCUACGUCGAUUUCUUCUACUACUAUGCUGUCAGCAAAUUCCACGGUAAGAAGAUGACGCUGCCCUCCUAA